AUGCCUCCACAGGUCAGUUCAAUGCCUGUAACUGAGGACUGGAGAGGUUUGAUCCAACGCACCAAACGGUCUCUUCUGUGGAGAUGGAACAGCAUGAAGGCUGUGGGUGCCAGCUGCAGGGAAAAUCAGGAGUGUGGCACUAAAUACUGCAGGUUUGUUAAGACCUAAGUCAUCAAAAUGAAGUAUUAUGUUGCAUUUAUCAUUUUAAACAUCUUGGAUAGUUUGCAAAUAUAAGAGAAUAAAAAUUGUGUAAAACCACAUUUGUGUCCUAAAAUAAGUUCUGUUCAUGUGCAUUCUGCAUGCCAUGGCUAAAGUCAGCCAGCAAUGGUACAGCAAUAAAUUUUCUCCUUCUCCUUAUCUUUACAGGAAAAAUAUCUGCUCCUUCUGGCCCUCCAGCUGA